CUGGCGCGCGUCGUUCCCUGCCCAGCUGCCCUAGCCGCCGCCGCCGCGUCCCCUCUCCUUGACAUCGACGGCUUGACCACCGUCCAGUACACACCGCGACGCAUCCCCGCCCCGUCGCCGGCCGACCACGCCGCCGCCAUCUCUCGUCCCGCAGAUUUCCCCUAAACCUCACCUGACCCAGAACCCCCGUCGGCGGCCGCGAUGAUAAAGAGGCGCUUCUUCAGGCAGGACCACGGCGACAGUGGCGGCUCCUCCUCGUCUUCCUCCUCAUCGGGUUCGGACUCGGACCGAGACGUGGCGGAAGAGGCAGCAAGCGAUGACGAAGUAGAGGAGCAGCAAAAGGAAGAAGAGGAAGCGGUCGAGGAGGAAUCGGGAGAAGAAGAGGAAGAAGAGCUGAAGCAACAAAUUCAAGAAGAAAGUUCAGGGUACCAAAGUGAGGAAAGCUCUGGGAAUGAUGUUGAUGGUCCAUCUGUAGAGAAAACAGUUGUAGGGCCCAACCGGCAUCCAAAUAGACAUGGACUAUUACCUAUUUUGAUGACAGAUGAUGAUCACAGCAGCCCAAGAGGUGAAGAAUGCGAUGAAAUAAGUUUGCCUGUCAAGAAAUCUUCUGGUGCUAAUGCUGGCUCUGCCAAAAGUGCCGCUAACACAGAUGAUGCUGUUGAGGAAGAUUUUGCUAACUGCAUUCUGAAGUGCAAAUCUGUGUAUAAGUGCAAGCUCUGUCCAAGGAUCAUGUGCCUGAAUGAGGAGAUGGUGAGGGUACAUCUCAAAUCAAAGAGGCAUGCUCGGUCCAAGAAACUACUAGGAGAAGGGAGGCUUAAGCUGAUGCUCAACAGUGAUGGUGAGCUGGAGGAAGAGGAAGAGACACAUGCUGAACGACAUGCUCGGACUAUCGCUCUCGCUAAGCAAGUACAGAAACCAAAGAAGGAUUCAGGUAGGCAGCGGCAAAAUCGGAGAAAGAAGAGGUCUCGGAAUCAUCAGGAGAAGAAACAAGAGGCACAAGGCUCAAAUAAAAAGCAGCGCAAAGCUAAAGGAUGAAGUGGUUUCCGCAGAAAAUGUGCUCAGAUCUUUUUGCUGGUUGCAGCUUCAGCUGCUAUAUGCUCUGAAACUGCUAGUAGUGAGAUCAUUAUGAUAUGCAAAGUAACUUCUGCUUGGUUGUACCUUCUGUUUCAACGAAAGUUGGUUAUAGUUUGCUGAAACUGAAAGAUUGAAUUGAAAUGACGGAAGAGAUAACUCUGCUGUUAGCGCUAUAACACUUUUGAAUCCUUACUGUGAUUUAUCUUAAGUAGUACAGUACAUUGCAAUGGCUAUUUCAAAGAA